AUUUUUUUUCGAUUUUCAUCACUCAAAAUUUUGAUCAAUUUUUAAAUUAAAAACAAAACAAAAAAUCAACGAUUAAUUUGUUACAAAUAAUUCGAAGGUAAAUUUUCGAAGAAAAAAAAAAUUUCGGCCAAAAAAACCAGAGCAAUAUGCCUCGAUAUGAUGAAAGUCCUCGUGGUUCACCACCACCACCACCAUUAGAUCGUAAUCGUGAUUUAUUAAUAUCACGUCGUUUAAAUAAAUCACCAUUAUUAGAUAAUAAUCGUCAUCGUCGUGAUCAAUCACCACCAUUACCACCAAUUUCAUCAUCAUCAAGAUCACGUGAUAUUUCAAUGUAUCAUCAACAUGAUGAUGGUGGUUAUAUUCAACGAUCAUCACAUCACAAUAAUCGACAAAAUUCCUCAUCCGAAUUAACAACAUCAACAACAUAUAAAAUUCUUUGUGUUAGUAAUAUUAGUAAUAAAUAUCCAGAUAGUACCGUUCGAAAUGAAUUGAUAAAAGAAUUUGCACGUUUUGGUAGUCCAUCGGUGAAAUUGGUUUAUGAUAAAAACACUCGUAUUGCUUAUAUUUAUUUUAAUUCAUAUGAAGAUGCACGUGAUGCACGUCAUUCAAAAUAUCGUUUAAUUUUAUUUGAAAAACAAAUUAUUAUCGAUCCUAUUUAUGAUCGUGUUUCAUCAUCAUCAUCUUCGUUACGUUCACGGCGUUCAAUUACGCCGGAAUAUAUUGGUAGCCGUGGUAGUUCAAUGCGUAAUAUGUCACCACCAAUACCAUCGUUAUCGAUGCAAAGACGUAUACCACCACCACCUCCUCCUCCACAACGUAAUUCAUUAAAUCAAGAUCGUUAUCAAUUACAUUCAUCACGUGAUCAAUAUCGUGAUAACUAUAGCCAUAAUCAUCAUCAAAUGAAUCGUAAUAAUAAUAAUAAUAAUGAUAAUUAUCAUCAUCAUCAUUCAAAUUCGAUGAAUUUACGUGGUGGUCAUCAACAACAUCAUCAUCAUCAUCAACAAAAUCAAAAUCAACAACAACAACAACGUGAAUCAAAAAAAGAAAAAUUUCCAAAUUAUCUUCAUCAUAUACCACCGGAAGAAGAUGAUAAAUCAACCAGAACAUUAUUUGUUGGAAAUUUAGAAGUAACAAUUACCGAACCAGAUUUACGACGAAUAUUUGAACGUUAUGGUGUUGUUGAAGAUGUUGAUGUAAAACGUCCACCACCUGGUCAAGGAAAUGCAUAUGCUUUUAUAAAAUUUCUGAAUCUUGAUAUGGCACAUCGUGCUAAAGUUGAAAUGUCUGGACAAUAUAUUGGAAAAUUUCAAUGUAAAAUUGGCUAUGGUAAAGCUACGCCAACAACAAGAAUUUGGGUUGGUGGUUUAGGACAAUGGAUUUCAUUUGCACAAUUAGAUAAAGAAUUUGAUCGUUUUGGUGUUAUAAGAAAAAUUGAUUAUUGUAAAGGUGAUAAUUAUGCUUAUAUUCAAUAUGAUACUAUUGAUGCAGCACAAGCUGCAUGUGCUGCAAUGCGUGGUUAUCCAUUAGGUGGACCUGAUAAACGUCUACGUAUUGAUUAUGCUGAUCCGGGUCAAUUUUCAACAUCAUCACCUCCUCCGCCACCAUUACCAUCAUCAUCGCUGACAAGAUCAGGCAAUGAUCCAGGAUCAUUUGGUAGUUUUGCCGGCGGCAAUUCACCAUCACGUUCGAAUAAUAAUGGAAAUAAUUUUGAAUAUUGGUCAAAUAAUCAGGAUUCUGUAUCAUCACCAAAACGAAGACGUUUACAUUCACCUGAUGGUGGAAUUGGUGGUGAAAAUGAUCGAAAAAAAUCAUCACCAAAUAAUAAUUUAGGUUUAGAUUCGAUUAUUUCACCAAAUGUUAGUGGUGCGUUGAUACGUGGUGGUGAUGAUAAUGGUAAUGGAUCACCAAAUUUUGAUUUAUCAAAUGGAAAAUCAUCAGUUGGUGAUAUAAAAGUUACUGUUAUGGAAAGUGUACAAUCAAUUUCGGAAUUGAUAAAAUGUUGUCCACCAACAUGGUCAGGUGGUUUAAUUUUAAAAUCAAGUGGUUUUGCAUUACGAAUGUAUUUUUGUAGUGGUGAUAUUCAACUUGUUGAUUUAAUGAAAGAAACAUCAUCAUCAUCGACAUCAACUUCUGAUCAACAAUCACAACAACAACAACCAAUACUACGAAUAACACAACGUUUACGUCUUGAAUCAACAAAAUUGGAAGAAGUUACUAAAAGGAUUAGUUCAUCAGGAUCAGCCAACAGUGGUGGUCAUUGUAUAUUGAUUGCAUCACAAGCUAAUAAUCUUCAAUUGAAUUUUAAUUCUGGUGCUGGUGGUGGUGCAGGUGCAAGUGGUAGUGGUGGAGAAGAUAAUGCAGGUGGUGGUGGUAAUUCUUCAGCAGCCGGUGCCAAUAAUAUUCAGCAACGACCAAUACGUAAUCUUGUUACCUAUCUUAAAUCAAAAGAUGCUGCUGGCGUUGUUAUACUUCCAGGUAAAUCAUCAACAUCUCAACAACAAUUAUCAUCAACAAUAACAACAACAGCAUCUUCAACACCUGGUGGUGGUGAUGAAAAUGUUUCAAAAAAUGUUCUUUAUCUAUUUCCACCACAUCCUUUUUCACUUGAAUUAAUUCAACGUAUUGCACCAAAUAUCAACGAAUUAUCGGCAACUAAAGAAGAUUAUUUUGUUGUUGUUCUUGUGCGUGGUAGUAAUUGAUGAAAAAAAUGAAAUUAUGUGGGUGAGAUGAAUGUGAGUGAUUCUCUGGCUUUUCAAAAUCGUGUUUUGUGUCAUUUCGUCGAUUUGCUAUUUUUUUCUCUAUCCAAUCAAUCUAUAUCAGAUCAUCAUCGUCAAAACAAUAACAACAACAACCACUUACCAAGCAAAAGAAUUUCUUUUAAAUUUUUUUUCAUUUAAAUAU